UUUUUUGACAGCAUGCUUGCUUUCACUUUCAAUGUUUUGAUUUGAUAAUGUCAGUUGAUGACAACAAACACGCGACUAUUGCACAUUGAAACGGAGACAUUACCAUUUAAGGAAGAAACGACGAGUCACUUUUAGGAUAUUCUAUACGAUAAUAUGCAAGAAAUGCUGGAACCACAGCCGUGUAAAUGUGAGGGUGAGCGGAAUCAAGAAAGCGUCCUACAACAAAGAAUAGACACGGUUAGCAUUGGCAAUAGAACCAUGAAGAUGGAGACAGAUGUAUUUAACCCUUCCCACACUGCAGAGCUCCAGUUCCUCAGGUCACGGGUUCGGGAACUGGAGAAAGAGAAGGCCGAAAUGGCGGCUGAAAACCAAUGGCUACAAAACAUGCUAGUAAAGGAGAUCCCUGACCUGCUUUCUACCAUGUGGCAGAACUUGGGCCAAGCCAACCAGCCCCUCCACCCUGCAGUGUCCCCAGCAAUAGUGAGGGGCGAGAGCUACACAUACACACACCACUCUGUGUCAGGACAAUCUGGCCGACGGUUCAGUCCCCCACUUCAUCAUCAGCCCAUGACUCAGGACGACGUGAAUGGAAGCAUGUCAAACUUUGGACCCGAGAUGGCCAUCAGUGAGCACAGUGUGGACAGAGACUUAGAGCUGAGUGACAUCUCAGAGGACGACAACCCUCACAGCUCUCUGUUUGGCUCAGCAGCCGACCUACCCGGGAUGAGGACAUGCUCAGAGACAGACUGUGUUAGUGGGACGGGCCAUGUAAACCAGGUGGAGGUAUACCCAUGUUCCGGCGUCUUCUGUGAAAUGCGGUCUUGGCAUGCAGCAAAUCAGACGCAGUCUCCCACGGCGAUGGCGCGCACUCUGUUGCUGGGCGUGUUCGACAUGGACACCCUGCUGAACAGCAACCUGCGAGGGGGGCGGAGCCGCAGACCAACCUUCCCCAACCACCGCACCGCCCUGGACCCACACAAGCUCAACGCCAUCUACAAUGCCACUCUAGCCCGCUUCCCAUUGGCCAGGAAGGGACAAAUUGGCACCGGCAUCAACUCCAAGCUGUCUGAGAUCCGGUUCCGAUCCAGGAGAGCCAACCGGGACCCCAGUUAUCUAUGAAGGACUGUUCCUGCCCACACACCCUGUUGUAUCAAAUCAACAUUUUAGUUCUAGUAUUUUAUCACAUUAACCGUUCAACUGUAUCAGUAUAUGAUUACAUGCGCGUGCAGAAUGUCUUGCCUAUGAAUGGUAAAAGGACUCAUAAGAUGGACUAAUGCUAGAGGAAGGAUUCAAAGCCAGUGGAACAACGUACAUAAGAACCGGCUUUGAUGGUUAAAUUCCCACUCUGUCGCCGACCAAUUAUUCGUAAACCACACAUGUGAACGGUCCCCGGGGUAGUCUCUCUGACUGACCGAGAUGCAUAGAUCCAGGACAGCUGAUCCAUGUGUGACCAACCAGUGGAGGACGGGAGGCUUCAGUCAUGUCUUACCAGACAGACGCCUCUCUGUCGUUGACCUCUACCCACUUAGACAAAGGAGGCAAGAGGGGAUUGGAGGGAGGCCAAACUAUAUUUCUCCAUUGAUUUCUCUGAUCCUAGGCAUUAAGCUCACUCCUAAAGCUCCAUUACCAGCCCCAGGUCCCCUCUGCACCCUCUCCUUCCAAUCCUCUCCUUCCGCCUGAGAGGAGAAUCAAUUUGUGGCCCCCACCCACCCAGCCUUCCCCAGAGGUGUCACAGCUCCCCAUGCCUAAUGGACCCACAGGUACUCUGAGCCUCCAGCAGGAUGACAGAAGAAAUUCAUUCAUCUUAAAGGACCUAAACAGUGUGUCAUUCUCCCCAAGUUCACCAUGUCCACAGAGCCCACAUGAAGAGAACAUGACUGGGGAUUUGGCCUGAUGCAUAUAUGAAGUAUUGGAUUAGAUGUAACCGUUGGUAAUGAGGAACGGUCAAGUUGUUGUUUUAUAUCCGGUCAUGUCUGAUGUUCAAGAUAUUGAAUGUUUGAUGCGAAUGCAUUAAAAGAUUGCUGUUUUUCAUUGCCCUUCAUGUUGUCUCUCUCUAGUCAUCGGAACGAUUUGAGAAAUUACGCAUUAACCAAUUGCUUAUCAGCUACUUAGUUUUCGGCAAAUGAGAAAGAGAGAGGAGAAGAUGAUAGGCAAUGAAUCACUAGCCCAUUGGUAAAUUGAAAUAUCCAUUACAGUAGUCCACCUACUGGGCAUACCACUUCAUUUGAACGUGAAGAAAUGGGUAUUAUUUGGUUGAUACGUUGAUCAACGAGAUUAAAACCUAUUUUCAACCAUUCAAAACGACUAUGCAUUCAACCAUCUUAAAGCACAACCAAAUUCGAAUGGAAAAUCAAUGUCUAUUUUUUGGUUUAGUUGUCACCUAAAUGUGUUAUCGCUACGCUUUCAACCAUUUAAAAGCACAACAAAGUUCAAAUGGAAAUGCAGUGUCAUAUUUUGUUUAUUUAUACAACAACUUAAUGUGUUAUCACUGUGCUUCAUUGAAUAGCACAACCAAAUGACACGGAUUGCAAUUGAGAUUAUUGACGUACACGGUGUGCAGAAUGCAGUGGCUAUACAGUAACGCUAUACAUGACUCAGGGUCUCCGCUUCACAGCGGUCUUGACAGACAAUCUCUCUGAACUUGAGCACCGCGCAGAAGUUGCCCUUAUCCCUAGCGCUAAUUUGGCUACUUUUGCACAUUUGUUUGUUGUCUGAAUGAGGGAAAUGCUGUAAAUUACGAGGACUUGUUGUACACUGAGUAUACAAAACAGGAACACCUGCUCUUUCCAUGACAUACCCUAAUCAGGUGAGUCCAGGUGGAAAUAUGAUCCC